AUGCCGGCUCCGCAGCCAGGAUUUCAUUGGUGCCAAGUGCCGACUGCGGUCUUCGGCGUGGCGUCUGGGCAACAGACCCAGGCGUCCCUUCCUGCUCAGAAGGGAGCUGAGGCAGCUUCUUCUUGGAAGGACUCCUCCCGGUGGCAAGAACAGUCCACCCCGUGGAAGAGCCAGCAGUCUUCAUGGGGCAAAGGUUGGGGGCAUUCUAAGAACUACGGCUCCAGCAGCUCGUGGCAGGGCUCUGGAGGGAAUCGGCGCGAGAAGUGGGACAAGCCCAAAGGCUGGAACAAAUGGCCCAAGCCUGAGCAAAAGCCGGCUAAGGAGCAGUAUGGGCGAGGGGCUGCCCCCAAGGAGGAGGAGCCGGAGAUUCUCCUCGACCCAGUGGCUGGGAUUUUUGGAGCCCGGCAGCAAGGGCCGCCUGAGAGGCCCGACUCUGCAUUCAACGUUGCGGAGGCGACGGAGGAGGAAGUUCAAGCGGCGGCCAAUCGCAAGGCUGAGCGCGAAGAAGAAGGGUUCCACAGUCAGCUCUGGCAAGGAGCGAUCGCUAAGGCCCUCGCAGACCCCUCGCGACCCAAGUGCGCCCGAGAACUGAUGCGUGAGGGCAUCUUACGAAGCUGGUGGAACAUGUCCUGGAAGGACGCCCGAGGCCUGAUUGACGGGACCUUGGUGGACGAGUAUCGCGACCGGUUGAUGCUGUACAUGGCAAAGUAUAAGAACCCCACCGAGGUGCCGCAGCCGAUUGUCGAGCGCUGUGCAUGCUUGUUCGCGUGGUUCAAGCAGAACUCCAGGCCGCUGGACAUUGAAGGGGACUUCGAUGCGAUCAUGUUCGCAGUGCCAGGGCAGAAAGUAUUGUGCUUUCGCACAAAGUUGACAGGGCCAUCCUUCCUGGAGCCCGCAAACCACCGCUAUACGAUGACAAUGUCCCACGGCUUGCCGUGGACAGCAGCCAUGGGUGUGGGCGAGUAUGGGGAGAUAACCCCGGGAGACUUCACGGACGGCGACUUCCCGUCGUACGGAUUCAGCGGCCGCGGGGUCUGCAACGACUCCGGCUUUGAAGGUAUCAAAGCCUCAAUCUCCAAGGUGGCUGCAAGAGCCAAAGGGAGGGACGUCAUCUUCUCGAUGGAAGGGCUCCUGCAGGAGAAUACGCCCCAGGUGGAGGGGGGCAUGCCGGCACUGAAUGUGCCUUCUGACAGCGAGUCGGAAGGCCAAGAAGUUAACCAGCAUCGUGUUGCUCAGGUCCUGAUUUCCGCAGGACCACCGAAUGUGCAACUCCCCUGGGAACAAGGAAUUUUCAGGGACAUCUUCGCACCUAGACCAGUGGUGUCACUGGACUGGCCAGAGCCCAAGGUUCUUGUCAAUGUGGAUGAAGCCGAACUAUCGUCUACACCAGGUCCCAGCGUUUUGCAAGACAAAGACAAGACGCCAAUCACAGGUGUCUUCAGCUCCUCACCGGGAGCCAAUGUUUUCAGCAAAGUGAUCAAGUGCAAAAAGAAAGAUGAGCCUUUUGAGGAGGCUGUUGCAGGCAUGUGGUUGAAAAACAUGCAGAUGUGGAAACAGCUGUUCGAGGCCUCCCCGUCCACCACUUUUGCCAAAACAUUACAGGAAUUGGACGAAGAGGAGAAGAUGUUGUCCCUUCGUGACAUGUUUGGAUCGAAAUCACCACACACAAUCCAGAAGCGUGCAUCAACCUUGUUGAGAUUGUUUCGUUGGCUUCAAAAACAGGCCGAUGUGCAAGGGACCUCUGUGGAGGAACCCCUUCUCCCAUCAGAGGAAGCGGUGUACAAGUUCUGCAGAGAGAUAUCCCACAGGAAGAAGGGCAAGCUGGCACCUCAGAGCGUGGUACAAGCGUUGAAGUUUGUGAAAUUUGUGCUUUCCAUUCCAAAUGUGGAGAAUUCCAUCUCCCCCAGGGUCCAAGGCUUGGCCGACCGAGUGGCAGGCGAGCACGAGCCCACACAUCAAGCCCGGGACCUAACAGUGCUUGAAGUUAGGUUUCUGGAAGAGUGUGUUUGGAACGCUGAGCUCCACAUUGUCGAUCGAUUUGCAGCAGGGGUAUUCCUGUUUCAGAUCUUCAGCAGGAACCGUUGGUCGGACAUCAGGCACGUGCGAUCCUUGGAGUUCGAUUUUCUGGAGAUUGGCCCCGAAAUCUGUGGUUUUCUGGAAGGCAGGGCCAGGGAGGUGAAACAGUCCAACAAGAAGAAGAAACUCUCGUUGUUCAUGCCCUUGGUGGCUCCAGUUCGGGGGGUCCACCCGACGGUGGUUUGGGCCAAAGAAUGGCAGAAAGUGGCCGCCGAAGCAGGGAUCGUGCUCUCGAAGACCCCUGUAGGCCCUUUACUACCUGCCACCGCCCCAGACGGUGCCUGGCUGCAGAGGUCCAUCGACUCCGCCGAGGCCUCCAACUGGCUGACGGGACUGCUAAGGAACCGCGACCCCUCAACAGCGAGGGUUACCACACAUUCCUUGAAACACACUGCUCUGGGCUGGUUGAGCAAAUACGGCAUUGUGGGCGAAACACAGACACUCUUGGCACAUCAUUUUACUGGAGCGUUGAGUACAUUAGCUUACUCAAGGGACGCCCUUAGUGGCCCCCUCCGGCAGCUGGAGGAAAUGCUAAAGCAGGUACGGGAGGGCUCGUUUUGCCCGGACGCUACUCGGAGUGGAUACUUUGCCCGUGCCCAAGGAUCAGAGGCAGGUGCGUCUGUUGACCUCGGGUCCUGGCUGCCGAUCAGCAAGGCAGGCAGCUUAGAUGGGCUGCCCGCGAACUCCGAAAGCACGCAUGAGCCUUUGCCAGCUACAGUGGAAGGCUUUGAGGACGAUUUCCUGGGGGUUGGACCGCUUUGCUCCUCGCAAGGGAAGGUUUUUGAGUCACCAAGUGCCAUGCCUGUCUUGGAAGCAUCUGCGCCGUCGGUAGCGGAAGGAGACGAAUCCCCCUCGAAAGAAAGUGAGGAAUUAGACAGGUUGGCUACCGUGACUUCUGGGCUUUGCGAGGCGCUGUUCGAUAAGGUCGACACACAAGGUGCAGAUGAUAACGAGGAGGCAGAGAUCUCGCCCACCACAUCAGCAGACGGGUCCUCCGAGGAAACCUCUGAUGGAGCCUCGUCGGAAGAAAAGGAGGAACCAGCUUCGACCCUGAGCCUACCGGAGGGUUGGAGCGCGAUCCAGAACAAGAAGUCUACCAUGUUACAUCUGUACAAAGUAGGUCAGACGACGCUGAAAUGUGGCAAGUGGAUAACGGAUAGUCAGCCUUUCUUCGAGCAACAUGCUCGCAAGAUCGGAAUGGAGCAGCCACUCUUGGACAAAUUCAUAGCUGGAGGGGUCAAGACGGUGUCCAUGGCGGCCUAUGCCGCCACUCAACCGGGUCAACCUCUCACAGAUAGGGAGGUCUCCACUCUAUGUACGAGUCUGGGGCAGAACAACCCCACUCUUGCACAGAUGACAGUCGUCAAGAGGCUCCUGUUUGAGUGCCAGACCAUGAGCUUGGCAAACUUGAAGGCAACCGUGGAACAGCAGCCGGACUCAGUCCUACGUAAGCUGCCAGGAGCUGAGAGAGCCCAGCGCCUGGAAUUGCAGGCUCAAAGGCUGGGCGGACUCUCGAUUGAGCAUGACUUAGAGCCCGCCUUUUCAGUAUAUGAUGCUGUGUCGACACAAGUAGAGCAAGGGUCGCUGAAAUACCUGCAUCCGAGCAAGAUCCCCACGCGUCGCCAGGAAUUGGCGCAAGGCAAGCCAACCAAGGAACUUGUGCUGGACGCUUCGGGGGAUGGCCUCUCGGUUCAAGACAAAUCCUCUAAAGUAGAGGCCCAGUCGGGGUCAGACAUGGCGACUUACAGGGCGCUGCAAAGACGGGGUCUGGCCUACGACCUCGUUGGCAUUUUGAGUUGCAAGGUGCACGAGAAAUGGCUUCAGAAGGCCUUUGCUACCUUGCAGACCCCACCGCCCCCAGGCUUCAACCGUCCGACGCUGCAGCAGGUCCUGCGAGCAGAUCGGGCCUUGUGGAUGGAGCUUGGCAGCAAACAGCCGACCCUGACAAGGGCAGCGGCGAACGCGCCGCUCGCGGACGCCCGGUGCUUAGAUCAAGUCUUUCUGGAAGCCACCAACACGGUUGCAGUCAAUUUCCACUUCAUGCCGACACCUCGUGCGGAAGGGUUCCCAGAUAGAGGAGGCAAAGGCGCUGGCAAGGGCCCCAAGCGCUGGGGCGACGGAAAAGGGUACGGACAAUGGAAAUAUCAGAGGACCGACAAAGGAGACAAGGGCCAGGGAGGCAAAUCAGGCCUCAAGGGGGCCCGCCUCCCCACAAAGGGAAAAUUUGACAGUGGCAAGGGAGGCUUUCCGAACAAGUCCCUUGUCUUGCAAGGAGGCAAGGGGGAGACCCCCAUGCCGGCCGCCUUGCGAGGCGGAGUGCCGAACGACGAGCAAGGAGAGCCUCUUUGUUUUGGCUUCAACCUAGGACAGUGCAAGGUUGCUUCCGGAAGCAUCCCUUUUCUGAGCACAGGCAUUCAGGCCAGGCGAGUCAUCACGGCGCGCAGAGGUCUGGGCAAGCGCAAUGUACUGCGCAAGGGCAAGAUCAUACAGCUGGACUUGCUCCUGUUGUCGCACCAAGGUCUUCUGUGGAAAUGGCUGGGUUCUCCAGGACUGGUCGCCGUAUGGCUGGCGCCGCCCUGCGGCACAUCCAGCAGGGCCAGGGAAAUCCCGUUUCCGGGGGAGGACGAGCCGCGUCCUUUGCGGUCAGUGGAGUGCCCGGAAGGGCUCCCAGGCCUUGGCCCAAGCGAUGCAGAAAGGGUGGCAAAGGCUAACGAGCUUUACCGGCUCACGGCCCGAAUCUGGGGCUUCUGCUGCGAAAAUGACAUUGUGGUAAUCAUAAAGAACCCCUAUCGCAGUUUCUUCUGGCAUUGCAGCGCCAUUGAACACAUCCUCAGGAGUGAACAGGCGAUCGUGGUCCAGUGCGACUUUUGCAUGAUGGGAGGUUCGAGAUUAAAGCGGACGGCCCUGCUGUGCAACAGCGACCUCAUCACAGGCCUGGCUGUCACGUGUGAUGGAUCCCACGAGCACCUGCCCUGGAAAGUGCAAGAGGGAGUUCUCGCAACAAAGCUUGAGACUGCGUAUCCACACCAGUUUUGUAAGCACUUUGUUUCCCUGCUGCUGCAGCAUCUGAUCCCGGGCUUCAAGGCGCCAGGAGCCCCGGCGCUGAGAGUGACGCCCCUACUGUCUUCUGCGACGGAUGUACUGGUGGAGGUGAUUGAGACUCGAGCUGCGCAGUCACGGAGAUGGCUCCAGCGAGCCCAGGAGCUGCAGUUAGCUGAAGACGACUUCAAAGCUAAGCUGCCCGAGCACAUCCGCAGCAGCCUCCGUAAUAAGAGAAUACUGCUCUUCAAAGAGAUGCUGGAAGCGUCCCACUACGCCGACAAGGCAGUGGCGGACGACCUGGCACAGGGUUUUGACCUUGUGGGGCAUUUAGACCUUCCGGCAGGCUGGUCCACCGACUUUCGUCCAGCAUUCCUCUCCCUGAAGGACCUGUCCCAACUGACGCAGGAGACGAACCACCAGGUCAUCAAGGAAGUUGAGGACUCAUCUCAGUUCUUGGAAGAACUGUGGCAGAAAAGUCUCGAUGAAGUAUCAAAAGGCUGGUCGGAAGGACCUUUCCGAGAGCAGGACUUGCCACAAGGAGCUGUAGUCAGCAAACGUUUUGCGAUCCAACAAGGAAACAAGGUCAGGCCGAUUGACGACCUGUCCCAGAGCCACAUCAACGAGGCAUUCGGGAGCAUGGGGAAGAUCGAGUUGCAUGACAUCGAGACAAUUGCAGCGUCGGCCAUAUUGUUCCUGAGGCACGCAGGACAAGGACUGCUUGGUAAAACCAUUGACCUGAAAUCAGCAUAUAGGCAACUACCACUGUCCGAAGAGGCACUCAACAUGGCCUACGUGGCUGUCAAGGACCCCAAUUCGGGGGAGGUUCGCUUCUUUAGGCUUCUCUGCCUUCCAUUCGGCGCUGUGGCGGCGGUCCAUGCAUUCAUCAGGGUCAGCCUGGCUAUUUGUCAUAUAGGAAACACGUUUUGGCACUUGCCUUGGAGCUCUUUUUACGAUGACUUCACACUGUUGUCAACACGACAGCUGGCCACUAGCGCAGAGGCCAGUGCAUGUUUUCUGCUAGACUUGCUCGGCUUUGAGUUUGACAGAGACGGAGACAAGGCCCAGCCGUUCCAGGAGGGGCUACGACACUACAUAGCCGAGGCGUCGCCGAGGAUAGUGCGAGCCCAGACCUCAGAGACGGUGUACGCUUUUACGGACGCCUCGCAAGAAGGACUCCAAGGCCUCGAAAUGGGCCUGGGAGCAAUCCUGUUCAAUCAGGAGGGGCACAUCCUGUGCUGGUUUGGCAUUGUGUUACCGCAUGACCUUGCUGAGAAACUUCUGCAAGGAAAGUCUAAAGUCAUCAACGAGCUCGAGAGCAUAGCUGUUCUCCUGCUAUUCAUUCUAGCCCGAGAGUUUCUGCGGGGGAAACACGUGAUGUGCUACUUAGACAAUGAGGCGGCGCGCAUAACGCUCCUCAAGCUGACCAGCGAUUCAGAGGCUUUGACCCUCUUGAGCAAUGCUUGUGCAUUGUUAGAACAGGAGCUUGAGAUGAUCCCGUUCUACGCUCGGGUACCCAGCAAAUCCAACGUGGCGGACGCCCCGUCUCGCCUUGACUUUACAGGGCUGCCACACAAUUGCAGGUUCCAAGACCAGGUGCUUCUUGCGGAAAUGGCCAAGCUGGUGAACUCGCUCGCCUGGGAUGCCAUCUUGUUGCUCUGGCGUUCUUUGGUAGACAUCAUUGGCCCUUACAGUUCGGUGCUGCAGCAGCUUCAGGGGUCACCUAAUGGACCUGCUUUGACAUUGAAGCUUUUGCAACUCAACGCAGACACAACCGCUUUACGCUAUGUCAAAGCUUGCUUGGCCUAUUUCGAAUUUCUUGUCGACCUCGGACACUCCUUGGACAAUCUUUCCCAACUUGCCGCAGUUGAGGCAGUCUACGCUUUACACUGCAGCCGUUCCCAGGACGAUGACUUUUCUCUGGACCGGGAACAGAUUGCUUUGGUUUUUCCGCUCAACACCCUGAAGGCGCUGCGUUGGUUGGUGAAAACCGUGACCCUUCACUUCCCAGACCUCUACUCAGGCCUGUUCAGAGCUUUGUCUGCUCAGCCAUCUUCAGAUCGUUCUGAAGCCAUGCCACUUCCUUUGGACUUUGUCGCUUUUCUUGAAUCAGUUGUGCUUGAUCCUCUUUCCGCUCCUGAACUUGCUCUGUUUGCCGGCUCCGCAUUGGUAUGUAUAUGGUCUUCGCUGCGCUUUGGGGACGCUUCCCACGUAUCCUGGUCAGCUCUUCUGUUUGACCCUCAAGCAUUAGUCAUUCGCGGCCUUGCCUAUCGUACAAAAACAUCUCGGCGUGGCAUGGCUUUUGCUUUCUACGCAGAGGGCAUAUACGGCCCUUGGGGUAUUCGCUGGCUCCAGCUUCUGGCUGCCUUGUGGGGUUCUUUGGAACAACUCUCCCCCAAUGUGGUCCCUGACUCCCUCUUUUUCUGCUCCUCGCUUCUGGAUGACACUUGCGACUUUGCAUUUUGCCCCGCGUCAUAUGCAUCGGCACUGCGUUGUCUGCGCUCAGCCUUGAACAUGUGGGGUCGCUUAGGGUACGAUGCGUCUCGCAAUUUCACUUUACAUUCUUGCAAGGCGACAGUCUUGUCCUGGUGUUCGCAGCUUGGCCUUGGCGACAUGGCACGCCGUGAGCAGGGACAUCACCGCACCACCUCAGUCACUCUUUACGGUCGAGAUGACACGCACGCGGCCCUAGCUCUUCAGGCCUCGAUCCUUGGCAAGAUUCGCACUGGCGCUUUUCGUCCCAGCAUUUCCCAACACCGCGGAGCCCAGUCACCGAUGGCAGAGCCGCAGCUUCUGGUUAGGGGAGGUCUUGCGACUUCUGGACUGGAUGUCCCCCGUCGCUUUCGGGGAGGUUUCUCUGAGCAUAGUGCGGACCCCCUGACAGCAGCAGCUCUUCCUUUGGUACCCAGGUUCCCUCGGUAA